AGGUUCCGGCGCCGGAGCUGCAGACGGUUUGCUGAGCCCGUUAGUGUCCCGUUUGAGACCCACGCCGCUGUCAUGUCCCGGUACCUGCGUCCCCCCAACACGUCUCUCUUCGUAAGGAACGUGGCGGACGAUACCAGGUCUGAAGAUUUACGAAGCGAAUUCGGUCGUUAUGGUCCUAUAGUUGAUGUGUAUGUUCCACUUGAUUUCUACACUCGCCGUCCAAGAGGAUUUGCAUAUGUUCAAUUUGAGGAUGUUCGUGAUGCAGAAGAUGCUUUACAUAAUUUGGACAGAAAAUGGAUUUGUGGACGCCAAAUUGAAAUACAGUUUGCACAGGGGGAUCGAAAGACUCCAAAUCAGAUGAAAGCCAAGGAAGGGAGGAAUGUGUAUAGUUCUUCACGCUAUGAUGAUUAUGACAGAUAUAGACGUUCUAGAAGCCGAAGUUAUGAAAGAAGGAGAUCAAGAAGUCGUUCCUUUGAUUACAACUAUAGAAGAUCUUAUAGUCCUAGAAACAGUAGACCGACUGGAAGACCACGGCGUAGCAGAAGCCAUUCCGACAAUGAUAGACCAAACUGCAGCUGGAAUACCCAGUACAGUUCUGCUUACUACACUUCAAGAAAGAUCUGAGAAAGCGGAAAAAGAACCAAAGAAGGGCAGUUCAAGCGACCAAAGGGUGAGUGGAAGGUGCUGCAGUAUGAAUACUGUACGAAUAUUUUGACUCUGGUCUGAAAAGAUAAAAGAAUGUUAUCGAAACUACAUGGAAUAAUUGAAGUCCCUUCAAGUUUGAAAGUAAGCAUUUUAGGACAAAUAAAAGGAAAUUCAACUUUGUACUUGUGGAAACUAAUCCCUAAAUCUGAAUAGGUUUAUAUUGAUUCAUGGGUAACAGGUCCAUGUUAAAUUGGAAACUAGGAUGUUUGAAUAUCAAGGAAGACAGCCAUAGUCUCUUACAGUGCCUCUAUUGGUCUGUCUCAAACUGAAUUGGGUGAGAAAAGGUAUGGUCCAAUAUAAACUUGCUUAUCUCUUAAAGUCAGUUCUGUUUUUGCUAUUGGCAAAUCUUGCCUUUGUUUAUUCCAGUGCCAGUGUUUUCUGCUUAAUGGUUUGCUUUG